AUGGUCCUCGUUCGCUCAACUAUAUUUGCCUUGGUUACUCUUCAAUUGCUCAACUCUAUCAACUGUGCCCCUGUUAACCAGUCCACAUCCGGCACCACAACUCAAUCAAACUCCAUAAGCACCAUCAAGGCUAUUGGAACCUCUACAACAACAGCAACCACCAGUCCCUUGACAUCUUCCAAAACUACCACCACCCUAUCAUCCUCCACUUCCAAGACCACUUCAAAGAACCACUUCCAAGUCUACCUCCAAGUCUACCUCCAAGUCUACCUCCAAGGCUACCUCCAAGUCUACUUCCAAACUACUGCCAAGAGUUCUCCCACCGAAAAACCAGACGCAGCCACAGACAAAAAGACCAAUGCAGAUGAUGGUAAGAACACGGCCGACACUAGUGGAACAACCGGUGUAGCCUCCCGUGUGUCUGUCAGCACUUCCAAGACAGCCUGCUCCAACAAAAAGGUCGAUUUCACAAAGAACCUAGGCGGGUGGAAAGAAGAAUACGGCUCGACUAAUCUCUAUGAAAUCACCAGCCAAGGUCUACGCAUGAAAUUGUUGGCACCCAAUGAAUAUAUUCCCAAGAUUGAUAAUUCAACAGGUCUUCCAUACAAUCUUUAUGAGGGAACUGGUCCUACAUUUAACCCUCCAAACUACAUGCAGUACGGCAAGUUCACAGCUACCAUCAAGGCUGCACCUGAAGGUGGCGCUGUUACUGCAAUCAUUCUCAUUGCCGACAAUGGCGACGAGAUUGACUAUGAGCUGAUAGGAGCUGACGACCAGCACGCACAAACCAAUUACUUUUGGGGACAGCAGCCUGUCGUAGGUGUCAAUGGCGGUAUUCAUGAUGUAUCUGGUAGCAUCUAUAGCCAAUUCCAUACCUAUACGAUUAACUGGACUCCUGAGAAAAUUGAUUGGAUCAUCGAUGGUGAAAAGGUUCGAACAAAGAACAUGAAGGAUACAUGCAGUGGAGGUGUCUGCAAAUACCCAACUCAUCCUGCUCGUGUCCAGAUUGGCCUUUGGGAUGGCAGUAGAGAGUCUGGUACAGCCGAAUGGGCGCAUGGACCUAUCAAUUGGAGCAAGACAAAGGUUAUUUCCUCCUACAUAAAGGAGUUGACUGUCGAAUGUAAUCCCGAGUAUAAUACCAUCAGCUAA